CGCGCAUAGCUGAAACAGUGAUAGUUUUUCAGCGGCAAUAGGUUUGCCCUCAUGCGCACCAUGUAAAAUAGAUAUGCGCAAGCAAAAUGGCGGACGAUGUGGGUGAAUUUCCACGAGUUGGAAAAAUCAGUUAUGAAGCUUUUCUUACUGAUUACCUGCAGCCAAAUAAGCUUUGCGUAUUUUCUUGUGAAUUGACUCAAGAAUGGAAGUGCAGAAAGGAGUGGGUUGUGAAUGGGGAACCAAAUUUUGAAUUUCUGCACCAGAACUUUGGUAAUGCCAUCGCUCCAGUAGCUGAUUGCAACCAAGAGUGUAAUGGAAACCAUUCGAAGGACACUAUGUCCAUAGCAGCCUUCCUCGAGUACUGGAGAAAGCGGCGAGACGUCGAUGCAGAUAAACCUAUUGGCUCAAGUGAAAGAAUCUUGUAUUUAAAGGACUGGCAUUUUUGUAAGUCAUUUCCAGGCCACAAGGCUUAUACCACUCCAGAAUGCUUCAGCUCUGACUGGCUAAAUGAGUUUUGGGAUCAACGUGAGGAUGAAUGCGACGACUAUAGAUUUGUGUACAUGGGCCCUAAAGGAACCUGGACUCCAUUUCAUGCAGAUGUGUUCAGGUCAUACAGCUGGUCUGCAAAUAUUUGUGGCUCUAAAAAGUGGAUAAUAUUUCCUCCAGCAGAGGAGAGGUAUUUUUAUGACAAACUUGGAAAUCUUGCAUAUGAUAUUACAUCUGAAGACUUGAGGAAUCCAGAAAAAUUCCCAAAUGCAGCCAAGGCUAAACAGCCAAUUGUCAUCUUACAGAAAGAAGGAGAAGUGAUAUUCAUACCAAGCGGAUGGUUUCACCAGGUUCACAACAUGGAGGAUACCAUUUCAAUAAACCACAAUUGGACAAAUGCAUAUGGUCUGAUGUACAUGUGGAAACAUAUUCAAGAUGAACUUUUUAAGGUCAAGCAGAGUAUAGAAGAUUGCAAAGACAUGCCUGAGUGGCACCUCCAUUGUCAAGUAAUGCUCAGGGCAAUUUCUGGAAUACACUACCAUGACUUUGUGCAGUUCUUAGCUCAUAUUGCCAAGCCAAGAAUGGCCUGUAUCAAGGUGUUAACACAAAUAGCUACAAUGAGCAAUGAGAAAGUGAAGGAAACAGUUAUGGGAAGACUCUUGGCAAAAAACCCUGUUUUCCUGGAAUGGGUGGAUUGUAUUCUAAACCAAGAGAAAAAGAGAACUUUUCUUUAUAAGUACUGUUUGUAUGAUAUUUUACAGAUUUCAAAAUGUCUUUCAGAGGUAAAAGAAGAUACUAGCUUUAUGGAACUAGAUGAUAAUACGUUGCUGGGCCAAGUGCUUGAUAUUUUGACAGACAUUGAGGGUGUUCUAUGUCAAUCAGGUUUUGGUAACAAAUAGAUGAAUCCAGCCCUGUUGUAUGCUGUUUUUUCACAUGUCAGCGGCUACACGUAGUCUAUGCCAGCUGUUGCAGCUGUCCCAACUCUUCAGUUGAAAUAAGGCUUGUUAGAAAUGAUGUGUUAAUAUGAUUUUUAAGGUCGGGUAUGGAUAGUUUAAAUAAGCAUAUUCUAUUUACUUGACUCAGCCUUGGCUGCAUUCACCUUCCAUACCGCUAGAUUGGGAUAGUUUAGGGAAAGGGUUUAAAAAAAAACAAUGAGAAUCUAACAUGUCAACUAAUUAGGUAGAACUAUGCUAACUUGAAUUAAAAUAACUUUUUCCUAUUCCCUCUUUAACAACACAAAGUGAUUGGGUCCCAUUUCAAGUCAUUUUACUUCAAUUUUGCUUGGAGUGAACACCAGGUAAAUGCCUUAUCUUUUCCUGCAUGCUUAAGCGUGCCAGAGUUCCAGUAUCUGAUAUCCUUGGAUUUUAUAAUACCUGUGUAAGACCUAUUUUAGACAAUCACGCACUCCCGGCAUACUAGUCCAGUCAAUCUGUGGUUUCAGGUGGAACUAAUUGCAAUAGAAUUUCUCUCAACGGAUUUCGAGCAAGUGAUACAACCUUGUUAACAUAGUCCCCCCAAAUACUUUUGGUGGAACAUCCUGGAAUAUGUGAUUUUUACAUUUUUGAGCAAAACCACAGGGUACCCGAAUCGCUAAAACAAAAAAAAUGUAAUAAAGUAAAAGUCUCAAUUAGUACAUUUAAAAGACCAUUGGUCAAAGUUAAUUAAAGACCUAGUUUGUAUAUCAAAACAAAAGCAAAUGUAUCUUUCCAAUAUUUUUUACUUUACAAAAACCACAGGGUACCCGCGUCGAGAAUACGAAAUAAAUUUGAAAAUAUGUCUGAAUCAGAAAAUUUCAAUGGUCAUUGGACAAAAAUGAUUAAAGACACAAUUUGAGUAUCGAAAUAAAGCAACUUGUCCGUGUUUCAUGUCUAUUUCAAAUAUUUUCUCCCACAAACAUAUUUGUGCAUUCUCAGCGUCAGUGACUGAAAUUUGUAAAAACAAACUUACAUGUGACAGCAACUCAGUAGCUAGGGUUGUUAUAGAAGGCGUGCCCUCUCGUCACCUCCCAGUGACUUCCGGGGUCUAUCUAGGAAGACUAGUAGGCCCCUUCUACUUAGGACCUACAUCAUCGAUCUACCAGACGCCACAGACAAAGGCACUAACACGCAGACGACACAAUGCUAUACCGAAGAAUCUCUUCGAUGAAGGACUGUGAAGCUCUUCAGGAUGACCUAAUAAGUCUAAACAAGUGAAGCGACGAAACAGAUAUCAACUUUGGCGCUAACAAGUGUUAAUCUUGACAGUCUCACGAAAGAAAUCGCCCACAAUGGGGGACUUUCAGCUUGGCGCCACAAGUCUUCAGCGCAUCAACAGUGAAAAAGGUCUCGGGGGCACAAUAUCGAGCAAUCUCACAUACACCCACAUUCUAUUUGUGUUGUCCAAGGCCAACAGAAUGCUUUGUCUGCUCAAGAGGACAUGUGUCCUAAUUACAGAUACAGGGUCAGGCGUACUCUAUACCUGUCCCUUGUCAAGUCGCAGCUGUUUCGCCACUGAAGUCUGGUCCCCCGGCAGCGUAAGACUUAAAAUGUCCUCCUAGAAAUGUUAAAAGGCGAGCCACCCGUUGAAUUCUAAGAUCCAAGAUCGGAGACUUGAGCUAUAGAGCGACUUCUGAAAAUCGAUCUACUACCGUUGGUCUGAAACUUAACUCAGCUCAAUAAGUUCUCUCGGGCUUGAAUAUUUCCUAAAGAAUCACUAUCAGGUCAACGUAUUCAACGUAGACUUACCCUGUGCACAUGGUCCAUCACACGGAACUAUGGCUGCCACCACAAUUAGUUUUUAAAUUCAUUUUAUCUCCAAUUUGUUUAUUUGGGGGUACGUCGUGCAUGGGCAUGGGAAAACUAUUCUAGUAAUAAUCUAUAAAGUUAUAAAUAAGUUUAAUCUAGUAAUAAAUGAGUUUUGUGUUUU